GAUCCCACUUCUAACGGGGCAAUAUAUGUGAAGCGGGUACUCAACAACGAACAUAAUGGGUGGCACGAUGCUUUCCGCUACGGUUUUCUUUUUGACACAGUACGGCGACAACGCAGCAAUGACUUGACGAUCUUUUCCUUUCCCUUGUCUGUGCAAACACCAAAAUCAUCCUCCAACCAACAUACAACUUCGCAAUCCACCCCACCUCUUCAUCCGUCGAGCACGGCGGUCUUGCAUCCGGUUGCAAGGCUAGCUUUGUGUGUACACUAUGGGUUUGGGCAGCGUACUGAGUGCCCCCUCCUUUCGGCAUUUACAGCGCAAACACAAGAAUCGCAUUCUGCUUCUCGGCAGCCGUCACCAGAUCGGGCGGAGCCUUCAAUGGGCUUGUACUUGAUUCGAUGCGACACAUCGACAUAGACGAACGUUUUUCCUUUUUUUUUUCCUCCUUUGCUUUUCAUUUGUCCUUUACCGCGGUUUUUCUACUUCAUCUUCAGUCUUCGACGCUCGUUCUCCAGUAAGGGGAUGUUUCCUUGUAUUCUCGGUUCAUGAUUGGAUCGAGCUCACGACGACAACAUGGGCUUCAUGGCUUCGACGAUAUGCCACUUACGACGCUGAUCAUGAGACGCGCGACGAUAUCGGGAAGAGAUUGGUUUCUUCCUUUACGAGGUAUUGCCGUUCCGGUGUAUCGGGUGGGCCCUCUCGGGUUGCCAUCCCCAGCGUUGCGACGGUUCUCUACUUAUGAAAUUCUGUCAUUAGAGAAGCGGUCCGACAAGAUAUAUCACUGGAGAUGCCUGAUUACACAUGCAUUGCAUAAGGGCCAGCAUUGGGACGUGACGGCACCAGGGGCGGUUUCUCUUUUCUUUUUUUCAUUCUCAUUUCUCGCAUGCGGUUUGGCGUCGUUUGCUGAUCUCGCCAUGGCCGCCUGGCAUGACCAACCAACUCCCAUGACUUUUCGACUGGGAGAAAUUACAGACAAGAUUGGAGGUUCAUCAUUUUGGGGUUUCUGGGACAGAUUCGAUUGGCCUUCUGCAGAUUGGGGAAAGCUUUCUUGUGUGUGUAAGAGAACUCUAGGGAACGAGACUUGGCGUUACUUUUUUGCUUUUUCGGCCGGCGGAGGGGUUUGGAUGUGAUGGGAUAAGAUCUGGCUGGAUUGGCGAGUGCUCAUCAGCAGACUGGCUAUUGCACUCUCCGACCGCGCAUGUAACUAGGCAGACAAUUCAAGACAAAGAUCUUGAGAAAACAAGGUU